AUGGCUUCACUGGCUCUAUCCCCUCCACCAUCUCUGCCCUCACCGCCCUCAACAUCUUGUACGCCUCCCCUUCCCAUCCUCUCUCCUCUUCCUUCCUCUCUCCCUUUCCCAUCUCCUCUCCUCUUCCUUCCUCUCUCCCCUUCCCAUCCUCUCUCUCCUUCCCAUCCUCUCUCCCCUUCCCAUCCUCUCUCUCUCCUUCCCAUCCUCUCUCCCCUUCCCAUCCUCUCUCUAAUUCCUAUCCUCCUUCCCUUUCCCAUCCUCUCUCCAAUUCCUAUCCUCUCUCCCUUUCCCAUCCUCUCCCCCCUUCCCAUCCCCUCUCCCCUUCCCAUCCUCUCUCCAAUUCCUAUCCUCUCUCCCCUUCCCAUCCUCUCUCCCCUUCCCAUCCUCUCUCCCCUUCCCAUCCUCUCCCCCCUUCCUCUCUCCCCUCACUUCCUCUCUCCCCUUCCUUCCUCUCUCCCCUUCCCUCCUCUCUCCCCUUCCUUCCUCUCUCCCCUUCCUUCCUCUCCUUCCCCGUCCUUCCAUGGGAACCCCAUUAGAAAUGCAGUGGUCGUAGAAAUAAGGAAGGGUAUACAUACCGCCAAAGCACCAGGUUUGAGAGUAGAUGUUCCUGUGGCCAUCCCCCCUCCUCCCUCCCCUCCUCGCCAUGGCCCCACCAGGGACCUCUACGGGAACAACAUCUCAGGGAGCAUUCCUGUUGGCAUCAGCGAGCUACCUAUGUUGGGUGCCCUUUUGGCAAAGAAGCAUUCUCGCCCCUAUCUCACCGUGCAUGCCUUCACAUCUCCUCCACAUCCCCUCCCCUCCACAUCCCCUCCCCUGCACGUCCCCUCCCCUCCACAUCCCCUCCCCUGCACGUCCCCUCCCCUCCACAUCCGCUACCCUCCACGUCCCCUCCCCUCCACGUCCCCUCCCCUCCACAUCCGCUCCCCUCCACAUCCCCUCGCCUCUGCCUGCCCUCACUGCGUGCAGAGACCUCUCCCACAAUCAGCUCACCUCCAUGCCUUCUACCCUCAAUUGGGGGGGGCAUUUGUAAGUCUUGGGUGA